AUGUCAGCGGGAACUAUUGUUAUAUCCGGAGGAAUUCUCGCCGGAGUGAUACUGCUGUGCAUCGUAGCAGUGCUCUGUUACUGUAGACUCCAGUAUUACUGCUGUAAGAAGAAUGAUUCUGAGGUGGACAUGGGCUCCGUGGUGGGAGCGGACCCUCUCUCUCACUUUCCCUGCAACGCCUGCAACGCCCUCGCCAUGGACGGCGCAGCCAUCACCCCCGUCUCUCUGGAUCAGCUGGACACGGGUUCCCACCACAACCACUGCCCCACCUGUUCUCCGUACACCCUCCGCUCUGGACUCACAGACGACAUUCGCAACGGAGGGGAGCGGCUGGGCUUCCACACCUACUACGAGAACCCUCUCCCGCUGACCGGCAACCCGCAGGGCUCCUCUCCUCUGAACUACUACGGUCCAACGGACAUGUUUCCUCCGCCGCCACGCCCCUACAGCACCCAGGUCUGACCUCUGCUGCACCAUAAAGACACACUCACACAUAUAGAAAACAUACCAACACAUCCAGCACACGCCCUGUUGUUUUAGACGGAAUUCAGGCGACGGAUUUCAACACAGCACAAUUGCACACAUUACUGCCCACCGCCGCCACAGAUGUCAGACUCGUUGGUCCAUGGGAGUGACCCAUAAACUGAGCCCAGUGACAGAGCCUCUGUGUGGGCAACAAAUCCUUGGACCAAACCCAUGGAGAGCUGCUGACAGCAGCAUAAACAGUGUUAGAUCAGCAGGGAAGUGGGACAUAACUCUGGUACAACCUCAUUUUGUUUCACACAAGGCCAAAUCACAUGCGGUACUAAAAUGUGUCUAAAUUUAAGUGUGAAUGCACUUGGAUUGACACAUCUUUUAAGCCACUUUUUAAGGUUGGUCAGGGACACGUGUGAGUCCCCAAGGCACACUGAA